GAAAAUCCCAUUCGGACACGAAAAAACAGAACAAAACAAAGGCAACGAAACCCAAAGACAAAGCAGUAGAAGAAGAAGAAGAAGAAGACCGGUAAAAGACUCUCUCUCUCUUCUCGAUGGCAACCCUACCACAGCAACACCCACAACAAAAACAACCACAACCGUUGUCCUCACUCCCAACCAUCCGACUUGAAGACUACGCCCACAGCCCAGCUCAUCUGGCCGUCGCUCUAGGCGACCACAGUCGCCUCUCCCGCCUCCUCUCAACCCUCCCACGACUCGCUGACUCGUCCCACCUACUCAACGAGUCCGACUCGCUGCACCAGGAGCAACUCGCUGACCGCAUCUCCUCCGUCAUCGACCGCCGCGACGUACCCUACCGCGAAACACCCCUUCAUCUUGCGGUCCGCCUCAACGACAUCGCGGCCGUCCGUUCACUGUCCUCGGCUGGCGCGGACAUCUCCCUCCAGAACUCGUCCGGAUGGAACCCCCUACAGGAGGCUAUCUGUAACCGACGGUCGGAUAUCGCCCGGGCACUGCUCCGGGCUCACCACCGGGCUGCGUGGCUCAAAUGGCGACGCCGCGUGCCGCGGCUCAUCUCAGCCCUCCGUCGCAUGCGGGACUUCUACAUAGAGAUCUCGUUCCACUUCGAGAGCUCCCUUCUACCGUUCGUCGGACGGAUCGCCCCGUCCGACACCUACCGCAUCUGGAAGCGGGAUGGCGAUCUCCGUGCCGACACGUCCCUCGCUGGAUUCGACGGCCUCAAGAUCCACCGCGCCGAUCAGAGCUUCAUCUUCCUCAGUGAUCAGAACCCUUCCCUCAGUCUCCAGUCCGGCUCCCUCCUUGUCCUCAACCGCAACGAGCGUAAGAUCUUCGACGCGUUCGAGAACGCCGGAAUGCCGUUGUCGGAGUCCGAUGAGGAAGGAGUAGCGUCGCAGACGAGCGUUUACCGUCCAGGCAUGGACGUGACCAGAGCAGAGCUCGUUGCGAGGACAAACUGGCGGAGGCAGGACAAGACUGAGAGCGUCGGGGAGUGGAAAGCUAGGGUUUAUGACAUCCACAACGUCGAAUUCAGCUUCCGCACUCGGAAAGUUGCAGCACAGGAUAUCCACGAUGACAGCUCCAGCAAUGGCCAUCAUCGGCAGCAGGUGAUGCCGUUGGUGUUUCAGGAAGAUUCGGAUGAUGGGUUCCUCGUGGCGGAAAACCCCAAUUUCGAUUUAGGGCUUUCUUCUUCUCAGCGUCGGAAUAGUAGUUUUGAGAAGGGGGAUUACUGUUAUAAUCAUAAUGGGAAAAUUAGGGAAGAUAGGGAGUGGGCAUCGGUCGGUCGGAAGAGCGUUGAUAUUCCAUCAAUGACAACACGGCCCGGUUUGGAGGACCGCGGCGGGAGGAUUCCAGAUGGGAAGAAAUCAGGGAAGAAGGUGGCAGUUGGGGCCAGCAAGGAAAGUGAGUAUGUGAAGAGUCUGAGGCCGACGGUUUGGUUGACAGAGCAGUUCCCAUUGAAGACUGAGGAGAUAUUGCCAUUGCUUGAUAUCCUUGCGAAUAAGGUGAAGGCAGUCCGUCGUUUGAGAGAGUUGCUCACAACCAAAUUCCCACCUGGAGCUUUUCCGGUGAAGAUCGCUAUUCCUGUCGUUCCUACUGUAAGGGUUGUGGUUACAUUCACCAAGUUUGUAGAUCUUCAACCACAGUUCUUCACCCCGAUGUCUAGCCCCAGACACCUGCAAGAUAUUCCAGAGGAGCACUUGUUUGCAGCUUCUCGAUCGAAAUCUAUAAACCCACAAUCUCAGCCAUUGGAUCCUUUCACCAUUCCUAGUGAUUAUUCUUGGACUAGCAUUGAUGACAAGAGCAGGAAGAUGAAGAAAUCCAAGUCCAAGAAGGGAGGGAAGUAAGAUGGAAGGGUGUUGUAUACUGACUUAUCUUUUUCUUCUCUCU